ACCUCCACCUGGAACAGGAAGAGAGAGAAGCUAAUUGGCUUAGCUUCUUUCUUCCUCCAUUUCUGUUUCCUUCCUUCUUGUUCUUCCUUCUUUUCUUGGUAACUGAAAAAGAAAAGAAAAAACACAGCUGUGUUGGAGACUUCGGUGCCGGGUGGUGGUGGCAGUGUUGGUGGUGCAUGCCAACUUCUUGGCAUCAUCACAGACUGUUUGUUUUCUUCCUUUGCUUGUUUUUUGCUUUUCCUAAAUGGCUCUCGUCCCUUCUGAUGAUGCCUUAUCAGUCAUAAAUGCUACCGUUGUAGCCAUUGACAAAGACAAGAACAGCCAGCAUGCUGUACGCUGGGCUAUUGAUCAUCUUAUAAUCAACAACCCAGUUAUUAUUCUUGUUCAUGUUAGACACAAGAACCAUCAAUAUAAUGCUGCCAAUGGGAAUGAUUCCGAACCGGACGAGGUGCAACAGCUUUUCAUUCCCUUCCGAGGAUAUUGUGCUCGUAAAGGGGUUCAGUUGAAGGAGGUCAUACUUGAUGAGUCAGAUGUUGCAAGAGCACUCCUGGAUUAUAUCAGCAAAAACUAUAUUGCAAGUAUUGCUGUUGGUGCUUCAACAAGAAAUGCUCUUACCAGGAAAUUCAAAACUCAAGAUGUUCCCACUAGCUUAAUUAAAUCUGCACCAGAUUUUUGUUCUGUUUAUGUUAUUUCAAAGGGAAAGAUCAUGUCUGUUAAAACAGCACAAAGGCCUGCUGCUAAUCCUCCCAUUCCACCGAAGGUACCAUCUCCACAAGCACUUCCAGCUCCACACCCUCACGAUCACUCUGAACAUGAGGAUGGAUUUAGAGGACAGUAUGCGAAAGGAUAUUAUAGAAAUCCAGGAUCAGAGAAACUUCAUUUGGAGAAGAGCAACGAUUCGUUCAGAGGGCCAUUUAGAGAGAGAAGCAGAACUCCAUCCAAUCUUUCUAUGGACAGCAUUGACAUUUCAUUCCCAGGGAUGCCAAGAAUCUCAACUAGCCGCGAUUCUACGUAUGAAGAUACUGAUUUUUCAAUACCAGGGUCCUUAGACUUUGCAGCCCAAAUUUCAGAAUAUUCCCCAGCGUCUCCCAGGGAGGGUAUUUCACAAAAUGCACGGGACUUAGAAGCUGAGAUGAGAAGACUGAAGCUUGAACUUAAGCAGACCAUAGACAUGUACAGUACAGCUUGCAGAGAAGCACUCUCAGCCAAAAAGAAGGCUAGUGAGCUUCAUCAAUGGAAAAUGGAGGAGGCCCGGAGGUUCGAGGAAGCUAGGCUUGCAGAAGAGGCAGCUCUUGCCAUAGCAGAGAUGGAAAAGGCCAAGUGCAAGGCUGCUAUGGAAGCAGCAGAUAAAGCACAGAGGCUAGCGGAGAUGGAAGCACAAAGAAGAAAAUAUGCAGAGAUGAAAGCCAAAAGAGAAUCGGCAGAGAAGAAUCGUGCCCUGAAUGCUCUAGCACAUAAUGAUGUGCGGUACAGAAAAUACACUAUUGAAGAGAUCGAAGCAGCCACAGAAAAAUUCUCACAAUCAAAUAAAAUUGGUGAAGGAGGAUACGGACCUGUGUACAAAGGCACACUUGAUCACACACCCGUUGCCAUCAAGGUUCUAAGACCAGAUGCUGCUCAAGGGAAGAAGCAAUUCCAACAGGAGGUUGAGGUUUUGAGCUGCAUCAGACAUCCAAACAUGGUCCUUCUUCUUGGAGCCUGCCCUGAGUACGGAUGCUUGGUAUAUGAAUACAUGGAAAAUGGCAGCUUGGAAGAUAGGCUGCUUCGAAGAGACAACACCCAUCCAAUUUCAUGGAGGAGAAGAUUUAAGAUAGCUUCUGAGAUUGCAACUGCCCUUCUAUUCCUCCACCAAGCAAAGCCAGAGCCCCUUGUCCAUCGGGACCUUAAACCAGCUAACAUCCUCUUAGACCGUAAUUUUGUGAGCAAGAUUAGUGAUGUUGGCCUGGCACGCUUAGUCCCACCAUCAGUAGCUGAUAGUGUCACUCAAUAUCACAUUACAUCAGCUGCAGGUACAUUUUGUUACAUAGAUCCUGAGUAUCAACAAACAGGAAUGUUAACUACAAGAUCAGAUAUAUACUCGUUGGGAAUAAUGUUGCUUCAAAUUAUCACCGCCAAAUCUCCAAUGGGUCUUGCACAUCAGGUGGGGAAGGCCAUUGAAAGAGGAACAUUUGAAGAGAUGCUUGACCCCUCUGUGACAGACUGGCCUGUUGAAGAGACGUUAAACUUUGCUAAAAUGGCACUCAAGUGUGCUGAACUAAGAAAGAAGGACAGGCCAAAUCUUGCCACGGUUAUAGUGCCAGAGCUUAACCGAUUGAAAGAACUUGGAAGGCAUCACGCUGAUCAACAUGGUGAUCCUCGACACAGCAGUAGGAGUCGUAGUCGUAGCCCUCUGGCACAUUCUUCUCCAACUGCUUUACACCCAAGGAUCCCACAACCCACUCAGGAAAUGGCACAUAAGGCAGCUGAUGUGGGUAAUUCAACACAUCUGAGAGAAGAUGAAAUUGAAAGAAGUUAAGGAUCAAUUUACCUACGUGCAGAAUCAAUACUAGAAAGCUGCUUGCUGAUAAACAGAAGGAUGGAA